AAAAAAAAAAAAAUUAUUAUUAUAAUAAAUAAGAGCUUGAUUUUCGGUUCUCUCUAUCUCGGUGCGGGUGGUUUUGGUUUGGUUUGGUUUGGUUUACCCAAAAGGCAAAACAAUUGCCACAUCAUUGUAUCCUUCUAUCGAACAAGAUUCCUCCUUUUAUGCAUUUAUGUGCAGCCGAUUGUGCCUUUUGAAACUUCCUGUAUCUGCAAUCAAUCUCAUUUUCAGUCUUCGCACACCAUCUGCUUUGCUGAGUGUUUUUUUUUUGUUUUUCUUUAGAGUUGCUCCUCCAUUUACAUUAUCUAAUAUCUAGUGUCAGUUUCAGGUAGACACUGUAGAUAAUGGCGUUUUCAUCACCGCUAAUCUCUUGAAAUCAAUCAAUCAAUUCUUUUUUCUGGUCUGUAGAGCGAGCAUUUUUUUUGAAGGGAGAGAAAUCACGCCUGCCACAUGGCGCUGUCACCAAUUUGAGCGAGCACUUUGGGCAUUUCGUGUUAACCCACCUUUGCCACUAUUCAUUUCCUACGCAGCCGUAGAAAAAUGUGACAGUUGAAGAGAGAGAGAGACCUUACCUUUUGUUCUCGAGUGUUUGUCCAGAAGAGAGUGAGUAUAUUUCCUGGUGUGAUACGAUAGAGAUCCAAUAUUUAUGAAGGACAUGGCUGGUUUUUGUGGAGAACUUCCUUUUGGGGAGGUUGUUUGGUUUUAAUUAUUAUUGUUAUUAUUAGUUUUUAUUUUAUUUUUGCUGUGGUUGGAGGAAUGGGUGAUGCAUUGGAGAAACCAGCUGGAUCUUCCUCUUUAGCUGUUGUGGAGAACAGACCCAAAAAGCAUGGAGGAUGUGUCGGCAUUUUCUUCCAGCUCUUCGAUUGGAACCGUAGAUUUGCUAAGAAGAAGCUCUUCUCCAAGAAACUGCUUCCACCCGCAGAUAGGUUGAAACCAUCGUCGAAGAAAUUUUGUGGGGAUGAGAAGCAGCCAAAGAUUCGCUUGAUUGCUGAUGAGAAUAAAGGUGGUUUUCCUCAUGGAAAGAGCUGUAGCAAUGGUGGUGUUGAUCAGAAGCACGAAAUGCAAAUGCGUGUCCCUGGAUUGGUCGCUCGGCUCAUGGGGCUGGAGACGAUGCCCACAAGGAGAAUAAUUAAUGCGUCCAAGUCGGGGAGUUCUGGAACUGGAAGCCGUAAGCAGCAGCAGCAGGAUAAGGGUAAGAAGGGUAAGAAAUUGGUAGAGAGGGAAGAAGAAGAAGAAGAAGCAGAAGAAGAAGAGGAGUUGAUCAGUACUGUUACUGUGGAGGACAAAGAUAAGCCUGAAUCAAGGCCGCCGAAGCUUCAGAAGACAUUGUUAACUACUAGUGUAGUAAGUAGUGUAUCUGAGAGGUCACAGCCACAGCCACAGUCACAGGCGGUGAUUAGGAGGUUUGGUGUGGAGAAGCUGCCACAGCGGUCGCCAUCGUCGUCAUUUAAGAAUGCUUUGUUGUCCAAAGCAAGAAAGCAUCAUCAUCAUCAUCAUCAUCAUCAUCCAAGGCUUCCCACUCCGGUCCCAGUCAAGAGUCCAAAAAGUGGUUCACGGAAGGGCUCAUCAAGGCUGCUUAUCGAGGCAGCAGCGUCUAGAAUCUUGGAACCUGCCGGAUUGCAAACAAGCAGAAGAUCCAAGUGCGGGCUCACUAAUUAUUCCAAUGAACAUCCUAAGCGACAAAUGUAUUCGGAGGACCAAUGUGGGCAGCACCAGUGCUUGAAUUGUACUGGCUAUUUGCUGGAUAGUUGGGGAGAGGAGGAACAUGUGGUUUUCGAAUCUCGUUCCAGGGAAAUAAGUAAGCCAAAAAAUUCUUCUCCUAAUUACUACUGUGGCAUGGAAGACAAGACCGACAUAGACAACAGCACUACCGUACAGCCGCAUAUUACAUUUACAUCGUAUAAAUGUCCAUUAAGUGAACAGGGAGACCCUUUGAAGAGGAUGCCCGUUUUAUCAUUCGGCUGUGUCCCUAAGGCACAAAGUGAAUGUGAUCAGAUGGAUAGCCCGAAGAUUAUUAAUAAUAGUAAAGUAUCAUCGAGAAUAUCCGUUCCAAGUUCUGUGAAUGCUACAAGUGUGGGCAAUAACAUCAGUAGGCCUCAGCUGCCUUCUAGAAGAGACAACCGGAAAUUCGAUUUGGAGAAAAGAAUGAGUAGCAACAAAUUGAGUGAUACCGUAUCCCCAGGGCGAAAGCGAAGGUCAAGUAAUUCAUCAGGCCAUGGUUUCGAGAGCUCUAAAGUGCCCCCCUACCAAAACUACAAUUUUCAUCAACCAAUGAUGGGAAAUCAAACAGGAUGUUACAACGGCCAUGUUGUCGACCAGAAGUGCAUUAGAAACAGCUCUUUGGUAGCUGAGAAUGGCCAGGUCGGCAAAACUGCUGUUUCAUUUCCUCUUCAUUCUCCUGUGAAGUCAAGGAGUCGAGUUUCGGAAGGGAAGGUUAAAAACAAUGUGCAUUUUGGUGAGGGUGAACUGCUACUACUACAAUCAACCACAGGCAAACAUGGUAGAAAGAAAAGGCUCGAAAAGCCACUCCCUCGACUGAGCUUGAGCAGAGAUGGAGAUGCAUUGGGUGCUCUUCUGGAGGAAAAACUGAAUGAACUUACAUGCCAAAAAGAGGAUAUCCAAGGAGGUACCCCUCCAUUAAAGACAACUGCCAUGAUUCUGCAGGAGCUGCUAUCUGCCUUGACAUCUGAGACAUCAUCAUCCUUUCAGCCAGAGGCCAACUUCCCGACCAUACCUGAACCUGAUGGAAGAAAUGGUUGCAACUUUCUCCCUGAUUCAACCACUUCGAGUAUAUCACAGGGUAGGGCAUCGGGAAGAAGGUUAUAUGUUGACCAUCAACUGGACAGUGACCAUCUAAGCCCGGAAUCUGUUCUCGAGGCUUAUUGUUCUACGGAGAGCUGUCCUUCCAGCAGGAGUAUGGAUGAGUUCUAUGGCUAUAAGAUGGUCGCCGAGUCUACUGAAUGCUCCUACGACUCACAAGGGUGGUUGUCGCCUAACUCAGAGCCUUUGGAUGCAAUGAAAAUCCAUUUGAACAGAAAAGAAUUGAUGACCCAAGUCCUGAACAACGUAUCCGAAGUUUUAUGCUCCAGUAAACUUGCCAACUGUGGAUUGAAGGGAAUCGAUCUUGAGGAGGCAAGGGAGGUCUUAUUACAUGCUGAACUGACAUUCCUCAAUGCUCGGGGACAACCAUCUCCAAUCAAACAUUUGGUCCUCGAUGAAUUAGAAGCGCUCGCAGGUGUUCUUUGGAUGAACUUUGGUUGCUCGCUCGGGACUGAAGACGAAAAUGAGGUGCUGACAAGAUUCGUCUUUGAUUCCAUUGUGGAGCACCUUGGGUCGAAAAAAAAGCCAAGAAAGGUGCUGCAAACAAAUGGUAAGAUGUUGAUGGUUGAGAGUGAGAUUGAGAUGGUGGAGGCUGUUAGAAAGUGGGAAGAAAUGUGUCGAAAGAGCCUGGAUGAGGUGGUGGAGAAGGAGAUGGACAGAUCCGCCGGGGAAUGGACGCAGUGUGAGAGUGAGGCGAGGGAGACGGGGGUGGGGAUCAGUGUAUGGCUGUACAAUUACUUGGUGGAGGAAGCUGUUAUGGAUCUCAUCAUCACCUAUUACAUUAAGCAAGAGAGCGAGUUGAGUUAGAAGUAGUAGUAGCAGUGGUAGUAGUAGUAGUUAAUGAAUGCAAUGUAAGAAGGCAAGUGUGUAUUUUCUACAGCUUAAAAAUAUAUAGAUGCAAAACCGUCCUGCGAAUCUAACAUGUCUUUUCUAUAUUGAUUUUUGUUCUUUCUUGAAAUGGUAAUUCUAUA